CUCUCCCUCUCUCUCUACACCACACAGACGAAAAUGGCGUCGUUGGGACUUACCCUUUCCUGUACAAUUUCCCGCUUAAAUCUCAUGUCAGAAUUAUCACAUAAUCUCCCUACAAUCAGAGUUUUCAAAGCAUUAUCCUCUAGAUUAACACCACAAAAGCCGUUACAUCAUCACAGAUUGUUCAAAUCUUCAUUCUCUACUCUUAAUUGUUCGAAAACCCUAGGUUCGAAUCUCGUUUUCUACGACAAUUUGGUUGUUCUUGGAAUCGAAACAAGCUGCGAUGACACUGCCGCAGCUGUUGUCAGAGGUGAUGGUGAAAUCCUUAGCCAAGUUGUAUCUUCUCAGGCAGAUCUGCUUGCACGGUAUGGAGGAGUAGCUCCUAAAAUGGCAGAAGAAGCUCAUUCUCAGGUGAUUGAUCAGGUAGUACAAGAUGCACUUGAUAAGGCUAACUUAGCAGAGGCAGAUCUCUCUGCAGUUGCAGUUACUAUUGGUCCUGGGCUAAGCCUGUGUCUAAGAGUUGGUGUGCAAAAAGCUCGGAAAAUCGCUGCUACUUACCAGUUGCCUAUUGUCGGUGUGCAUCACAUGGAAGCUCAUGCUUUAGUAGCCAGGUUAUGUGAUAGAGAUUUGCAGUUUCCUUUCAUGGCUCUUCUUAUAUCAGGUGGACAUAAUCUUCUAGUUCUUGCACGUGAUCUUGGCCAUUACUUACAGCUCGGGACCACUAUAGAUGAUGCAAUUGGUGAGGCAUAUGACAAGUCAGCAAAGUGGCUCGGUCUUGAUUUGAGGAGGAGUGGUGGGCCCGCUAUAGAGGAGCUUGCUCGACAGGGUGAUGCUCAAUCUGUAACGUUUUCUGUUCCAAUGAAACAACAUAAAGAUUGCAACUUCUCGUAUGCUGGUCUAAAGACUCAAGUGAAGCUUGCAAUCGAAUCCAAAAAUAUUGAUGCUGGGAUCCCCUUCUCUUCUGCAAGUAUUGAAGAUCAACGCCUACGAGCUGAUAUUGCUGCCUCAUUUCAGAGGGUUGCGGUAUUGCAUCUAGAAGAGAGGUGUGAACGGGCUAUUCAAUGGGCAUUAGAGAUUGAGCCAUCGAUUAAACAUUUGGUUGUUUCAGGGGGUGUUGCGUCGAAUCAGUAUGUGAGGGCCCGCCUUCACGAGGUUGUUGCUAGGAACUCCCUUCAACUCGUCUGCCCUCCUCCAAGUCUCUGUACCGACAAUGGUGUAAUGAUUGCCUGGACCGGUAUUGAGAAUUUUCGGUUAGGAAGAUUUGAUCCUCCACCACCUGCCAUCGAACCUGAGGAUUGUCAGCUUGAUUUGAGGCCGAGGUGGCCGUUGGGGGAGGAAUACGAGAGAGGAAGAAGUAUAGCUCGGUCAAUGAGGACGGCUCGGAUCCAUCCAUCUCUUACUGCACUUACCCAAGCUUCUCAGUGCCAAAAAUCAUAAUUUUUGUCUUCAUAUUCUUGCACCAUUUGGUUUCUGUACCAUAAACCUGCCGUUGGGCUGAUAUAGAAAUAUAAUUUUAUCUUCGAAUGUCA